CAAAAUACAAGACUUCUUAGCAAUUUGAAGGAUAGUGCAUGUUUAAUUUUUUCAAAGUGUAUCUACUUUGUAUUUUGCAAGGCUAUCUGUUGUCAGUGCUACUUUGAAUGAUUACAUGCUGAAGCUUUUGGUGACAGAACGUAUGCUAUCCUCAUUAUACUUUAAUUAACAUUACAGCAGGGACUUCAGCAUUGCAACAACUAUUCAUGUUCCUUUUCUGCAGUCCGGGGGCCUGAUCCCAAUAUAAAGCUGCCCAUUUGCAACUCCCUCUGACUAUGAGUUCUGAAACCCUCAGAUCAGACCCUUCAUUGCAGUGGCACAGGUCCUGAAGUCCUUUUCCAUGUAAAAUUACCAUUGACUUCUGUGGAAGUUUAGUCACUUCAGUGUGAGUUUUGCCUUCAUCGCGCUUGGAUUUGACCCUUUUUGUUAUUUCAUGUUCUUUGAAAAAAGAAAAAAAAAAGUAAUGGAAAUUUUCCUCCAAUUCGAAAAGAAAUAAAUUAAGCAGUUAUUUCAAAAUCAAAUACUGCAGUGAGGUAUAUGCAGAGAGAGAAUAUUUUGGGAUGUUUACUAGAUGCAUUUCUAUAUAGGAUUUUUACAGGCUUACAGGCUUUCCUGGAAAUUUGGGCAUAGGAUUAUGUAAUUGUGAGCUAUAGAGAAGUAGAGGGGGUGUAACCUGAACUGUUUAUAGUGGAUGUGCUGCCAGCCUGACACACACCCAGAUUUGUCUCAGAAAUCCGGCAGGACAGACUCCCUGAUGUGAUCAAAACCAAAAUCAGAUGUCUGUCCCGGACCGACUUCCCGUGCACUCUGUAUGUGGUCAGAGGUGUAAUGUUGAUGUAUUAGAGCCUAUGUCUGUUGGAUUAAACUGCUGGCGCACCGAUAGCUGAAGCCCUGACCCUAGCUGUACUCUGCUACCUCAAGUGGAGCUGAUAAGGAGGUGCAGACGUACUGUACAAUUUUGGAUACAGGGUAAAUAGGUAAAUGCAGUUACUAUGGAAACCUAAAUGCUUUUCUACAGUGCUUUAUUCUGGAGAAGCUUUUCCCAGGUGGUCACAGAUCACAAAAAGGACACAUUUCACAUAAUUCUGCAAUAGGCCUUUCAAAGGAAGGAAAACUGAAAUAGCAGUGUUUGUGAAGCUUGUAUCAGAAAAGUGUGAGUAGGACAUCAUCUCUCUUGGCUACGAUACGCCACCUACACAACGAUCCCGCUGCCAGGGAGGCAGAAUUGGGUAGGGUGGAGUAGGACAGACACAGUCAUCUUAUUUUGAGUUAUAGUGCCUGGCAUAGUGGGGUCUGGCAACGGCUUAUGGCAUUUUGGUAAUGGUAAUAAUUUGCAUGGUCUGCCGUACACUGAAAUGCAUGUUCUAAGCUGAUGUUAAUAAAUGCUGCAACAAAAGCUCUGACCUCAGAAGAGCUGGUUUUGUUCCAUUAUGGUCUUCAACGAGUGAUCUGUUUUCCAGAUAUAUUUCUAACAUGGUAGCUGAGCUGCUUGCCAUUUUUGAGAAGUCAGACUGCUGAUCUGAGGCAAACUCCUUAAACACAGACCACAGGAGGCAGGAUUGUAUCUGUGGGGUCAAUACUCCUGUUUGUACAUGGGAAAGGAAAAUUUCCACCUUUGGCAGAAGAUAGUAAUGGAAAUAAGAGUACGGAAAAUUCAGGCUAAUUAGAAAUUACAGUUGUUUACGUCCAACACUUUUGAUGUUAUUAGUGAUGAUGCUUUCAUGGGCCUUCCUCAUCUAGAAUAUUUGUUCAUAGAGAACAACAGCAUUAAGUCAAUUUCAAGAAAUACUUUCAGAGGACUGAAAUCUUUAAUUCACCUGAGUCUCGCAAAUAAUAACCUCCAGUCGCUUCCAAAAGACAUAUUCAAAGGCUUGGAUUCUUUAACAAAUGUAGAUCUUAGAGGCAAUGCAUUUAAUUGUGACUGCAAACUGAAAUGGUUAGUGGAAUGGCUGGGCAGCACCAAUGCAACAGUUGAAGACAUUUACUGUGAAAGUCCACCAGAAUAUAAGAAGCGCAAAAUCAAUAGCCUCUCUCCAAAAGAAUUUGAUUGCAUUAUUACAGAAUUUGAAGUUUAUCAGUCCCUGCCAUACCAGUCUCUGUCAGUAGAUACUUUCUCAUACAUGAAUGAUGAACACGUGGUUAUUGCUCAGCCUUUUACUGGAAAAUGCAUCUUUCUUGAGUGGGACCAUGUAGAAGUGAUGUUCAGGAAUUAUGACAACAUUACAGGUACUUCAACUGUUGUGUGUAAACCUAUAGUUAUUGAGAGUCAGCUGUAUGUCAUUGUCGCACAGCUGUUUGGAGGCUCCCACAUAUAUAAAAGAGAUAUUUUUGCUAAUAAGUUUAUAAAAAUUCAAGAUAUUGAAAUCCUUAAAAUCCGAAAACCCAAUGACAUUGAAACUUUCAGGAUUGCUGAAGACUGGUAUUUUGUUGUUGCAGACAGUUCAAAGGCUGGUUUCACCACGGUUUACAAAUGGAAUGGGAAUGGAUUUUAUUCCCAUCAGUCUCUGCAUGCCUGGUACAGAGAUACUGAUGUGGAGUAUCUUGAAAUAUCUGGCAAACCACAUUUAAUUCUGUCAAGUAGUUCUCAAAGACCUGUAAUAUAUCAGUGGAACAAAGGAACAAAUGAAUUUGUUAAGCGUUUUGAUAUCCAAGAUAUGGAAGAUGCAUAUGCAGUGAAACAUUUCAAAGUGAAAGAGGAUGUAUACAUUUGCUUAACAAGAUUUAUUGGGGACUCUAAAGUAAUGAAAUGGGGUGGUUCAGCAUUUUUGGAUUUACAAAGGAUGCCAUCCCGAGGGUCCAUGGUAUUCCAACCGCUUCAGAUAAGUAAUUACCAAUAUGCCAUUCUUGGAAGUGAUUAUUCUUUCACUCAAGUCUAUUAUUGGGAUGCUGAAAAGGCAAAAUUUGUGAAGUUUCAAGAAUUAAACGUACAGGCACCGAGAUCUUUCAUACAUGUCUCCAUCGAUAAACGAGAUUUUCUCUUUGCUUCAAGUUUUAAGGGAACUACAUUGAUUUAUAAACAUGUCAUAGUUGACUUAAGCGCAUGACACUCAUAAUUCUGAGAUUACAUCAGACUUUCUACCAUAAGUGGACAAAAUGAACUAAGUGCAUGAUGACUCUCUUAUCUUACUUCCAAAUGAAUGCCUUUAAAAGUUGCGAUUGCUAGAACCAAGUAUUACUAGUAUCUUCAUCUCUAAUUGUCUAGUGGUGUUGGAAGUUGCAUUUUUUAACAAAAAGAAAUUAAAUUAACUGUUCUUUGCAUCCACAGUAUGUAAAUAUGUGUGCAACUGCAUCUGUUGCUAUAAAAAAUAUUAAGAUGUACUUUUCCAUUUAUUUAUUCACCUGUUUGAAACAACUGCCAAAUAAAAUGUUUACAUUUUGUGUCUUUCA